CAAUAACUACAUUUUGGCUGUCAGCAGCCUAUUUCAAGAAUAACGAAAACGGAAUACGACCAAUAGGCCAUCACUUUAUGGAAGUUGACAAAGAAAAUUUCAACGAAGAAGUGAUGGCUAUUUUGAAAGAUUGUACAGCGAAACCGUCGGUACUCGACGUUUUUUCAUCAUUGGUAUCAUUGUCCUUCAUUUUAAAUGGGAUAUUCACAGGAAUAGCUAGGGCAAGUAGCACAUGUGUAGAAGAUGAUUGGACAUUCAUUCCCAUUAUCCUGGCAUGGGCAUUGCCAGCAAUUUGUUUGAGGGUCUUUAGUAGAAGGGAAAUAGUAAUCAGAGAACCUAAAAUAAGGAUAGAAAAAUUGUUAAAAGGAUGCAGGGAAAAGUUCAAAAAAUACAAAGAAAAACGAUCGGGAGAAGAAGAGGCAAAAGGAUCAGAAGGUCAAAAUGAUGAUUUGGAAGAAUUAGAAAAAAAAAUAAAAAUUGAAUUGGAAGAGUUGAAAAAUGAAGUAUAUUGGUUUAAUAAUUAUGAUGAAUUAAAAAGGGAUUUAGAUGAGUUAAAAAAAAUGCUGUCAGAAAAAAAAAUACCUUUAAAACAACUCCAUUAUGUAGAUUUAUGUUUGAUAAGAGUUGAGGCUAUGGCUGUCGGAGCAUGUAUUUUACAGUAUUCGGUGCUAUAUGGUCAGCUAAUUCCACUUUGGCAUACGCACUCCAUUUGA